GAGGAGCGAGGAUCCAUGGCGGCGCUGGUUGGUGUUUGCAGUGAUCUAGGGAGGAAAAAGUUGGCGUACUUCAUAAAGCCAGCUCUCUGCCUCAGAGAUCCUAAGACUCACGCGGUGCUGUGGAGAAGCUGUUCACAAUAUACGCAGGUAGCCAGCAAUGAGGACCUGCCCAUUCCAAUGGAAAAUCCUUAUAAGGAGCCUCUUAAAAAAUGUAUUUUGUGUGGAAAACGUGUAGAUUAUAAGAAUGUACAGCUUUUGUCCCAGUUUGUAUCUCCAUUUACUGGAUGCAUUUAUGGAAGGCACAUAACAGGUCUUUGUGGGAAGAAACAGAAAGAAAUCACAAAAGCAAUUAAGAGAGCUCAAAUAAUGGGGUUUAUGCCAGUUACAUACAAGGAUCCUGCAUAUCUCAAAGACCCUAAAGUUUGUAACAUCAAGUAUCGGGAGUAAAUUACAUGUCUUAUCAUCAGUAAAUGUAUUUUACAAUAAAUGGUUGUAUGGUUUUAAUAUUGA